GAUGAACUUGUAAAAAUACAAAUUUAACAAUUACGGAACUGUCUCUAUCAUGAACGAUCACAGCAAAUAUCUCAAAAUUCUAUUUCCGCACAAUUGUCUUGCUUUUAUGUACCACAAAUUAACCAAACCGUUUUAAUAAGUAGUUAUACUUCCAUAUUUCCACAUUGUUGAUACUUCUUGAACACUACAUGCCUUAGUUAGCUAAAGCUUCUAGCAUAAGUUCAAUGCACGACUAAUAUUACAGUAAUUUCUUAGAAACAUGCCAGUUUUAACAGCUUUGCGGUAUCAACCCAUUUGCGUCGUGUCUAUUUUCGCGCAUUGACAUUGAUCUUUGAUAAUUAGAUCGCUACAUAACUCGUAGUAUUAGCAGUUAGCCUUAGCUUUAGUCAUAACACAGUAACAGAGACUGACAUGGACUUUGAAGAAAAUUAGGUGUUAACUUUAAAAUUUCAAGUGAUUAUGCAAUGAUGUCAGAAAAAGGUUUGUCUUACAACAAGUAACUGCCCACGAUCAUCGAGUGGAUGAUGCUUUUAUUGUAAGCAACAAGCUAAACUGUGUCCAUUUGUAUUGUUUGUGAAACUUAACUGGUUUUAGAUAUAUUUAGUAAAACACUAUGGCAAGUGCUUUAGCAGCAAAAAUGGGAUUUAACUCUCUUUUGAGAAAACAAGCAAAAAACUUUAACGUUAGAAUCUGUACGAUGGAGUCAGACAUGGAGUUCAGCUGUGAGGUCAGAUUGAAAGGAAAGGAGCUUUUUGACCUUGUGUGCCGUGCUCUGGGCCUGAGGGAAACAUGGUUCUUUGGGCUUCAGUACAACGUCAAAGACACAGUGGCCUGGCUGAAGAUGGAAAAACGGGUUCUGGAUCAGGAGAUACCAAAGGAGGAGCCGAUCACUUUCCAAUUUUUAGCCAAAUUUUACCCUGAAAAUGCAGAGGAGGAACUGGUGCAAGAUAUACAGCAUCUCUUCUUUUUACAAGUAAAAAAGAAGAUACUUGAAGAAGAGAUCCAUUGUCCACCAGAGGCUUCGGUCCUGCUGGCUUCGUAUGCUGUCCAUGCCAAGUAUGGAGACUAUGACCCCAGCAUUCACAAACCUGGCUUCUUGGCUGAGGAGGAGCUGCUGCCAAAGAGGGUAAUUAACUUGUACCAGAUGACUCCAGAAAUGUGGGAGGAGAGGAUUACGGCGUGUUAUGCACAGCACCGGGGCAGGACGAGGGAUGAAGCUGAGAUGGAGUAUUUAAAAAUAGCCCAAGACCUGGACAUGUAUGGCGUCAAUUACUUUUUAAUCAGGAAUAAAAAGGGAACUGAACUCCUCCUGGGAGUGGAUGCUCUUGGGCUCCACAUCUAUGACCUGGACAACAAACUGACACCCAAGUGCUCCUUCCCCUGGAACGAGAUCCGCAACAUCUCCUACAGUGAUAAAGAGUUCACGAUCAAGCCUUUGGACAAGAAGGCUAAUGUUUUUAAGUUCAACUCAUCACGAUUAAGGGUCAACAAAUUGAUCCUUCAGCUGUGUAUUGGAAAUCAUGAUUUGUUCAUGCGGAGAAGACGUGUGGACUCUUUGGAGGUUCAGCAGAUGAAAGCCCAAGCGAGAGAGGAGCGAGCCAGGAAACAGGUGGAGAGACAGCGUCUUCAGCGGGAGAAACAGAUGAGGGAGGAGGCGGAGAGGGCCAGAGACGAGCUGGAGAGGAGGCUUCUGCAACUGCAAGAUGAGGCACAAAUGGCCAACGAAGCACUGCUGCGCUCGGAGCAGACUGCAGACCUGCUGGCUGAAAAGGCUCAGAUCGCAGAAGAGGAGGCCAAGCUGCUGGCGGAGAAAGCUGCCGAGGCUGAGACGGAGAUGCAGAGAAUCAAAGUGAGCGCCAUCCGCGGCCAAGAGGAGCGGCGCCUCAUCGAGCAGAAGAUGAUCCAGGCCGAAAUGCUGGCGCUGCAGAUGGCUGAGGAGUCUGAGAGACGGGCCAAAGAGGCGGAGCAGUUGAAGCAAGACCUGCAGGCAGCUCGUGAGUCCGAGCGCAGGGCAAAACACAAGCUUCUGGAAAUCAUGAGCAAAGAUGUUUAUAUGCCCCCUGGAUUGCCAGCGGACCGCAUGCCCCCGGACCUGAACUACAGUAGAGAAAACCUCAGCUUUGAGUUUAAAGACACUGACAUGAAACGCCUCUCCAUGGAGAUAGAGAAGGAGAAAGUGGAGUACAUGGAAAAGAGUAAACACUUGCAGGAACAGUUGAACGAGCUGAAGACGGAGAUUGAAAGUUUGAAGUUGAAAGAAAGAGAGACUCCUCUGGACAUCAUUCACAACCAGAACACUGAACAGGGCACCAGCAAACACAGCAACUUUAAAAAGUUCACUGGGAGCCCCAAAGCGUUCCCUCACAGCUGAGCUCAAACAGUUAACCCUCCAAAGCACGAAGACCAGAGUGGCCUUUUUUGAGGAACUUUGAGUGACGUGUGCAGCCUCCAGGAACACAGUGCCUCUACAUUCCUGACUGCACGACAGACGACAAAACCACUACAAAACAUAUCAGACAUAAAACACCAUCACUACUGGCGCACGCUGAACUAUUGAGCACUAAAUCUGGGAGUCUUAACAUGAGUGUGUGUUUACAGUCUAUGCAUAUCUUGUGGUGGCCUUGAAAUGAACUGCAAAGAAUGAUACAGGAUAAUGUAUAGUUUUAUAACUAGUUAACACUGUGGUGGCCUAUAUUGUGAAUUAUAGAUUUUAAUGUUCGUAUUAAGAUUGACAGAGGUGUUGAGAUGGUGUUAACUAAAAGUACUAAUGUUUUAUUUUUGUUAUGGAAUUGUGUACUUUAUAUUGGGUUUUUACUUUGUAGAUGUAUUGGAUCAAGAACAAACUAAUUUGAUAUGGUGUUUACUGUAUGUUCGUGAUGGAGGGAUUGCGCAGUGGACAGCACGCCAAACAUAUUCUCUAAAAACAAGCAUUUCUUUAAAUAUUUUGAGAAAUAAGGCUCUGUUUUUUGUGUAAAGUAGAAUAUAAUGUAAUUUGAAUCCAUCUCUGGGCACUUAAUCUCGCUCAACAGUCAUUGGACUUGUGCCUUGUUUUACACUGUAUCAUGGUGUUGCACAUUUUUUUUCCCGUGCAUUUGAGCAAACUUGUUCAGAUAUAUUGUAUAAGUUGCUCUUGAUAUCAAAAUAAGUCCACUGCAUGAUAUCUGCAUCUGAUUAGAAUGCAUUUAGUAUUUGAUAAUCAGGAAGUGCACGCUCGGAAUGCCUAAGGUAAGUGAGGAAUAACUCUGGACUUUAGGUAGUGUCUUUAAACCUUAAUGAUGCUCCCUAUUAAUGAUACCACAACUUUUUUGUAAUGACUUUAUAGUCUCUUAACUGUUACACUGCUAUACUGAGUCUCUGUUCUGAACUUAUCAAGUAUAUUUUCUUCCUUUUAUAUUGCUAUCUUUUAUCACUUCAGUAGAACACUUAAAUUAAAUUGAAUGUUUAAACAGAGGGGCCUUUAUGCCAUAUUACAUUUAAAUAGCAAUUUGUCACCUAUAAUGAGGGUUGAUGGGCUGUGGUGAACUUAAUAAUUACAUUUUGUGGAUAGCCUUUUUUCAUUGCAUUGCAGUGGUUAAAAGUUUGAAAACACUAGGCAAUAGCAGUUUACAGCUCGCAUGUGCAUAUUCUGUUAUGAUUGAAAUACGCCUUAAGUCUGAGGAUGCCAUGUUCUGCCCUCAAACGUGAAAGCAGAUUAUAAACCAGGGGUAGAAAGUGUGAUUCUCUAGUGACACUGUGAAGUCUGUCUUCACAGGAUGUUUUUGUGAAGAGAACCACUUUUAUCCAAAACAUGAAUUUGCAUCUAUUUUGAAUUAAUUUGCUCCCUCUCCCUUUGAAAGUGCUUUAUUUUUGUGAUACAAAAAAAAAAAGUUUUUAGAAUUUAUACAUUUAUUAUGAAAAGUAAACCAGUAUUUAAAAUGGUAAAAGUACAGUACAUUAUCGUGAAUGUAUGUUUUUCAGGAACUUUGUAUGUUUUAUAUGUGUAAUAAAUGGUUCUCUGACUAGACAUAUUACUGACACAUGUUGUCUUGCUGUAAAACUUUGCCAGGAGUGGAAUGUAUUCUACCACGUGUAUUGAUACUUUGUAAUGAGAUCAUGCUGGGGGGUUCCUAUGUGUAUCUCUAAUGGUGCAAGGUUUGGGAGUUACCAGAAUGCACACAUUAAAAUAAAGCUCAGAUUAGAGUAACAGAGUAGUGCUUUAAUUGAGCUUCACACCGACUGGGAAUGUUGAUGACAUCAGCUGCAAAGUUUAAAAACAGUACAAUACUACGACUCAUUCACUUGAGUUUACAAAAUAUUUUGGGGAAAUUUAUAUCUGUAUCUGUUUCAAGUAAUUUAAAAACCUGACAUAAUUAAAGUCUGGGGUCUCCAACCUUUUUCCUCUGGUGAGCUACCUUUACAAAACGAACAUGCCGGAGAGCUACACAUUUAGAAAAAUUUAAAGACAUUUAGAGAAACCGAGUAAAUAUAAGAGCCUUAGAUGAGGUACAGUUGCCUAUAAAACAUUUACACUGUGAUAUUUAUUAGUGUACAAAAAUAGGCAUCAGAAUGAUACAUUUACAGUGUUAACAGGCAUUUAAUCAAAUAACAUUUUUGUUAUUCAACGCAAUACAUAUGAUUCAGAAAUCCCUUGACGAGUUACUUGAAGCUCCCAAGCUACAGGUUGGAGACCCCUGAUCAAAGUCAUAAAUAUAGCAGUAAAUGGUGUGAGUAACAGAAAUACAUUGAUUAAUUGAAAGGAGGCAGAAUAUUUUUGCAGUUUCUCCACUUAAUUAAAUUAUGAGUUAAAGAAAUUAUGUGUGAAAUUGAAUUUCUUUUAAGGUCCUGUAUCAUGUAACAAUCUUGACUCUUGUGAGCUUUAAGCCAUGCAUGUUAGAAUGUUGAUACCUUGUCAAAAACA